AUGUGCAAUCAGAUGUAGGUAUAUAAACACAGAUAUAGAAGUAUAUAGACAUUACGUUAGCUAUGUUAAUUAUUCAUUCGUCAAAUUGAUUAACUCCAAAAAAAGAAUAAAAAAGUUGAUAAAAAAAGUGUUUUUUUAAAUUCCCUUUUAAAAUUCAAACUUAAAUAUUACGAGCAAAUAACUUUUAUCUAAUGCAUAAGAUGGUAUAUCCUUGAAAUUACGUCACGUUAAAUAAAUUAGAGGCGUUUAAGUCUGACUAGCGAGGAAAUUUAUUUUACGCAUAAAAUAAAUGUUUAACAUCGAACAACUGUUUUGACAUUAAAACCAAAAGGAAAUUAAAAAAAAACGAAAGUUUUAAUUACUUUGGCUCGUAAACGAUUCAAUUUCGCUUUAUUCGUUGGAUCGGAAGAGAUCGAAGUAUCGUGCGUCUUCCUUUCGCUCGUUAAAUAAAAGAACAAAACGCGAUCGGUUUCUAUCAUUGAGGUUCAGGUACAAAAUCAUUAGAACCAUCAAAAAAAUGUUAUCAUCGAAAUAUUUUCACCUCGAAUUAUUUUCGGAGAUUAACACGGCAAUUCCUUUUCAUGCAGACUAAACAAAAAGAAGGUUCUAGUAUUUGGGGUGAGCAUCGUUAUAAUUCUAGCUGUGAUUCUAACGAUAAUAAUCGUUUUGCUCGUUCCUGAUUCAGAAAAUGAGAAAUCGGAAAGUAGACGCUCGUACUACGGAGUGUAUGCAAAGGGUGCAGUAUCCACGAAUGGACAAGAAUGCGCUCAGAUAGGUGCCGAUGUGUUGAUGAAAGGUGGUUCGGCUGUCGAUGCGGCUAUAGCUUCGCUUUUGUGCGAGGGAGUUGCGUCUUUACACAGCAUGGGACUGGGUGGUGGAUUUUUAAUGACCAUUUGGGAUGCGACUACCAAAACCGCCGAUUAUUUGAAUGCACGGGAAGUUGCUCCAUCUGACGCGCGGGAAAACAUGUUUCAAGGCGAUCCUAAUUUAGCGAUGUUUGGUGGGCUGUCAGAUCCUUUUAUUAUUCUUAUUAUUAACAUUAUUAUAUAUAUACACUUGCAAACACAGUGUAGAUACAUUAACUUAAUAUACGUACGAUCCAAAAAAGGUGGCUUAGCAGUUGCUGUACCGGGCGAACUUCUUGGAUAUUGGGAAGCUCAUAAGAAAUACGGGAAAUUGAAUUGGUCUGAAUUAUUUGAGCCUACUAUUUCCUUAUGCGUCACUGGAUCUCGUGUAAAUAAAUAUUUGGCCUCAUAUCUGGUCAGUAAAGAGCCAUCGAUAAAAGCGGAAAGAUCAUUGGCGGAAAUCCUCAUAAAUCCUAAGACCAAUUCGACCUGGAAGGUUGGCGACAGAAUAAAGAGGCCGCGUUUGGCAGAAACAUUAAAGUUAAUUGCAAAAAAUGGACCUGACAUAUUUUACAAUGGAAGCAUAGCUGAUAUUCUAGUGGAAGAAAUCAGAGCUUUUAAGGGUAUCAUCAAAAAGGAGGAUUUUCAAAAUUACACAGUAAAAUGGAUGAAACCGAUCAAAACAACGAUUGGGGACUUGACGAUUUACACUGCACCACCACCGGGUUCAGGAGCGAUCCUAACUUUUAUUAUGAACGUUCUCGACGGCAUGGUUCUUAAGCCUGACGAUAAAAUUAUGUGGCAAACUGUGAUCGAGACUUUUAAAUGGGCUUACGCUAGAAGAACCGAAUUGGCUGAUCCUGAUUUUGUUAAUAUCACUUCCUUGCUCAGUAAUUUAACGUCCAUCGACUACGCCAAGAUGAUUCAAAGUAAAAUUAAAAUUAAUGGAACAAGCAACGAUCCGAAAUAUUACGGCGUUAAUAUGACUAUACCGGAAGAUUCAGGGACAUCUCACGUUUCUGUCUUGGCUCCAGAUGGAUCGGCCGUAUCAGUCACAUCUACAAUAAAUCAAGUCUUUGGUGCGAUGAUACGUUCAAACUGGACUGGGAUAAUUUUCAAUGAUGAAAUGGAUGAUUUUAGUUCUCCAAAUAUAACUAAUGGAUUCGAUGUACCACCUUCACCAGCGAAUUUUAUUCAGCCUGGAAAAAGACCUAUGAGUUCUAUGAGUCCAACCAUUGUUGUAGAUAAAAAUGGAGAUGUUCGUUUAGUAAUUGGUGCUGCAGGUGGAACUAAAAUCACUACUGCAGUUGCAAUAGCAAUGAUAUUAAAUCUUUGGUCGGGAUAUAAUGUAAACCAAGCUAUUGAUACAUUUAGAAUUCACCAUCAGCUAUUACCAAUGAAUGUUCAAAAUGAGAAAGGAUUUUCUUCAAACAUAUUGGAUUAUUUAUCGAGCAUCGGACACAAUGUUACAACUUACUCAGGAAUUGGUAGUGCAAUUACAGCUGUUUCUAAACAAAACGGUCAUAUAUUUGCUAGUUCUGAUUUUCGCAGAGAAGGAAGAACUGCUGGGCCAGCGGUUUUACCAUUUUCAAUCCAAGAACAAAAAUUCGUUAAACCUUGCAAUAAAUUUUCAUUUUCUGAAGGGAAUGCUGCUAAUAUUUCUAAAGCAGUAACAGGACCAAUGCCAGAUAAACCUGUUGUAUAA